AGGCGCAGAGCCGAGGCGUGCAGCCGCCGCCGCCGAGCCAGAGCGGGGGCAGCUAGCGCCGGCCUUUCCUUCCCCUGCGCAGCAUCCCGCUCUACCUGCCAACAUCCUGCAUUGGAGAACUUGUGACCCAGGUGUGGCUCUGAAGAGCUGGCCGGGGAGGGACGCUGCCCAGCUGCUGCUCUUCUCUUGUCUCCUGUCCCCUCCCCUGGCCAUGACAGAGACCCGUGAGCCAGCUGAGACUGGGGGCUAUGCCAGCUUGGAAGAAGACGAUGAGGACCUCUCUCCAGGCCCCGAGCAUUCCUCUGACUCUGAGUACACUCUCUCAGAGCCAGACUCCGAAGAGGAAGAAGAUGAAGAGGAGGAGGAGGAGGAGGCCACUGAUGAUCCUGAAUAUGACCCUGGCUACAAGGUGAAGCAGCGCCUGGGGGGAGGCCGGGGGGGCCCAUCCCGCCGGGCCCCCCGUGCAGCCCAGCCCCCAGGCCCCCCAGCCCAGCCCUGCCAGCUCUGUGGCCGCUCACCCCUUGGGGAGGCCCCACCAGGCACCCCGCCCUGCCGGCUCUGCUGUCCUGCUACAGCCCCCCAGGAAGCUCCAGCCCCUGAAGGCAGGGCCCUCGGGGAGGAAGAGGAGGAGCGACCUCGGGCUGGGGAGGGCCGACCAGCUGGGAGGGAGGAGGAGGACGAGGAGGAUGAGGAGGAGGAGGAGGAGGAGGAGGGCACUUACCACUGUACAGAGUGUGAGGAUUCCUUCGACAACCUCGGGGAGCUGCAUGGGCACUUCAUGCUGCAUGCCCGGGGGGAGGUGUAGGGGGAGACCCCACCCAGGGAGCUUGGCCAAAGGGGUGGGGUGGGAGGAGGGGGCAGAGGAAACUGGGGGGUGUCACAAUGGUCAUGGGGGAUGGGGGCAACGCCGAUCCGUGUCGUCUUAGCAGUAGAUGUGUGAAGGCCAGAAUAAAAGCCAAAUUCUGU